UAUAGAAUAAAUUCUCUUUGCUAUCACCAACGUGACAAAACCAGUCAAACGGCGGGGAAUGGCUUCUGGUGCAGAUUCCGGCGGGCGCAACCCGGCACUAGACCAGGAUACCGAUGUCCCUGAAAAUCCAGCCUACGAGUUUGCAGAGUUCGGCGCUGGCUGCUUUUGGGGAGUCGAGCUCGCCUUCCAGCGCCUUGCAGGCGUGGUCAAAACCGAAGUUGGUUACUCUCAGGGCCACACCCCAGAUCCAACUUACGAACAGGUCUGCUCCGGAACAACCAAUCACGUGGAGGUUGUUCGGGUCGUGUUCGACCCGAAACUCUGCCCUUACACCAACCUCCUCUCCAUCUUCUGGUCUCGCAUCGAUCCCACUUCCAUCAACCGCCAAGGGGAGGACGUGGGGGCGCAGUAUCGAUCUGGGAUAUAUUACUUCAACGAAGCACAAGCUCGUUUAGCUCAUGAAUCAAAAGAAGCCAAGAAGUUGGAGCUACAAGACAAGGAAGUUGUAACAGAGAUUGUUGCAGCCAAGAGGUUCUAUAGGGCGGAAGAGUACCAUCAGCAGUAUCUUGAGAAGGGAGGAGGGCUAGGCCUGAAGCAGUCUGCUCAAAAGGGCUGCACUGAUCCCAUUAGAUGCUAUGGUUAAGACCACCCAAGAUUUCAUGCCCUUUCCUUUCUUGCUUUUGGCUUUGGUAUCCAUCAUUGAUCAAAAUAACAUGAAAACUUGUAUGAAAUACUACUCUUUUGGAUUAUGUCUUCUAAAUAAUACACAUCAGAAGUUCAUGAG